AGAGAAAGAGAGAAAGAGAGAAAGAGAGAGAGAAAGAGAGAAAGAGAGAAAGAGAGAAAGAAAGAGAGAAAGAAAGAGAGAAAGAAAGAGAGAAAGAAAGAGAGAAAGAAAGAGAGAAAGAAAGAAAGAAAGAAAGAAAGAAAGAAAGAAAGAAAGAAAGAAAGAAAGAAAGAAAGAAAGAAAGAAAGAAAGAAAGAAAGAAAGAAAGAAAGAAAGAAAGAAAGAAAGAAAGAAAGAAAGAAAGGACAACCAGCAUGCUCCUCAGAAAUGAGAGUCCAUAGACAAAAUACUUGGAGGUUGAUUUUUUUUAAAAGGGAAAAAUAAUGUGGUUGUAUUUGCAGCAGUACCAGAGAAUAUUCUGAAGAUUAGAUUGAUUGUUGAUGAUAUUGUUGAUAUUCUACCAGAGUACUUAGGGAAAAGAACCUGGAGGAGAAUGACAGCAGAAGCUGAAGACAUUUGUUCAGUGCACAGGAUAUGUCUUAAUCCUUAUGUUUCUCGUUAUGAUCGAUUCAUGACUGCAAGGCAGUUUGGUUUUUUUUCACAAAGACAUGAUGCACAUAUCAUCACACCAAAAUGUCCCUGUCACUGUCCAGGGGAGAGAUAGAAAAAGAGAUGACUAAUGUUACCCCUAUGUGUGAUACAAGAUAACUCAAGGACUUGGAUAUUUACACUGUAGUUGCUGUAACUGCGUGGGGUUUUUUUGUUUUGGUUUUUUUGUGGUGUGUUUUGUUUUUGUUUUGUUUUUGUUUUUGUUUUUUUUGUUUUUUGCUUGCAAGCGUUUGUUAAUGGUUUAGGAAAGCUUAGCGCAGCAACGAGUAUUAAGCCAGCCAAAGGCAUCCUAAGUAUUCAAGUGGUAAGGGGUUUUCCCUCCCUUUACAGAAAUAUACUGCAAUGCUCCUCAUUUAUCACGAGGUGGCCGUAAAAGUCUUGUUUUUCUGAAGUGGGGAAUAGUUUAAACACGAGGAAGUGAUGUAUCCCUAUGCUGCAACCGUUCCAGGAAACAGUUAGGUUAUAGUUCCCAGCAAGGUUUAUUUUUCUGUCUUUGUCUUGUGUACGGAGCUGUGGCUAGUACAGAAAAUAUUAAACAUUAAGACUGCAGGUUUCCAUUUAAAUUGUAUCAUUGAAGUCUCCUUUUAAUUUUUUUUUCUUUUAAGAUUUGGAUUGUCAAGAAUUCAUGAUGAUGAGCCUUUUUUUUCCUCUUUUAUUUGUCUGUGUUCUGUAUAUGAACAGCUUCUCAGAAGUGCAGGGAAAGAAAUGGAAAGGUGAAGGCACUACUCAAAACCUGGAAAGCAUUGUCAUUGGAAGAUGCUAUGAUUAUAUUAGAAUUGUGAACCCUGCUGUUGGUGAGAAGAAUUGUUCACAGAUAUGGCAAGCAUUUAAAAGUGCAUUUAUUAACAAGGAUCCUUGCAGCAUUCUACCUGAGGAUUAUGAAUUAUUUAUCAACCUCACAUUGCACACAAUUCCACCUAGCAAGUCUCUUUUCUGGGAAAAUAAUCAGCGACUAGUCAAUAGCUUUGCUGACAGAGGACGUCGCUACAUGUCUCUGGGGGAUACUCUGUUUGGCUUCGUUGUAGAUUUUCUGAACUGGUGUGGGCAGGCAGACAGCCCUGGACUGGACUAUGAAUCUUGCCCUACCACGGUGGAAUGCGAAAACAAUGCACUGGAAUCUUUCUGGAGAAUGGCCUCAAUCACUUAUGCACAGCACAGCUCUGGGGUGAUACAUGUCUUGCUGAAUGGUUCUGCAGAUGGAGGAGCUUAUCCACAGCCAGGUUUUUUUGCAGAUUAUGAAAUACCUAAUCUCCAGAAACACAAAAUCUCACAAAUUAUCAUUUGGGUUGUGGAUGAUAUUGAAGGACCAGAUAGAGAAUCCUGUGGAACUCAUAGCAUAAAGACAUUAGAAACCAGGCUGAAAACUCUUGGUUAUGAUAUCACUUGCACUGACAAUAUCAAGUCUGUAAUGUUCUUACUCUGCCUGGAUAAUCCUGAUGAUUCUAAGUGUGCCCUUGCAUCAUCUGCACCAGCAGCACAAAGAGGACCUAUAUCUUCAGACAGAGGAGGCAGCUGGAACAAGCUCAUGUUUGUUUCUUUUGCAGGCUUUUUGUUCAGAUUUGCUUUAGUGUACUAAGUUAAUCAACUGAAUCCAUAUCCUCUGUUUGCCUUAGCUGGCUAUAGAUUUGGCUUCAGCUAAUUUCUAACAGCAGUUUCACCCUACUUUUGGGACUGGCAAACCUGCAUAUUAAAACCUUGCAUAUUAGAUACUGGCUUCUUUUAGUAUAAAAAAUUAUUCCACUGCUGCUAGAAAGCCUCACCCUUCAUUUUCUCUCUUUUUUCUAGAAGAAGUUUGUUGCUAUUUUCUCUUCUCUUUAUUCUCCAGAAUUAAACUGAGAAUAAUACUUCCUGUUCACAUAUUUCAGAAAGAAAAAUGAUACUAUGCCUGUCAUGCAUCACCCACAGAGGUUACUUGUUUGUAAAACCAUCCUAGCAUCUGACCUUGGAAACUAAGUGACUGAUUGUCGUGUUUUGGGAAGGCAAAACAUAAAUUCGUGUGGGAGAGAUCUUAGAUUGCUCACUUGAUAUGAGAUGCAAUAGGUAAGACAAUGGAAAAUUAAACUAAUUUUCGUAAGUGGUCCAGUUCAUAGGCCAAACUUAAAAACAAGGGUACAGCAAGAUUCUGGCUGCAUACUUGAAUGCAGUAUUUUACCACAAAAUAUCAAUUGCUUCUUCAUCCUCACAGCUGUUCCUCAGCUGGCUGUUUCCUGGCCACUGGAUAGCAAGUAGUCAGAAAUACCAGGUCUAGAAAGUUCCGCAGUUUUUCCACCACGUUGUGAUUUAUGGUAUAUCAAAUUCAGAUAAGAACCUGCCAAGUCAGACAUUGGCCUGCUAGCAGUGAACUCGGAUAGCAGGGUUCAGAACACGCUGAGGAGAGAGCAGAUGCCAACCUGAAGGUUUCUUGAGUUACUUGUGUGAAUUCCAGUGCUCCAACUAGAUGCUCCUCUAAAACACCAAGACAUCCAGCUACCAGGAUGACACAUAAAUCUUCAGAAAAAAAUAGUCAUUCUAUUAGAGAAUAACUUAAUUUAGAUAUUUUUUAUACAUUUUGUGUUAGCUUCUGUAUUAUUUGUGUUUGUAUUGACUGGUUGCCAGGAAACUUGGAGAGGAUGUGCCUGUUAUCUCAGUGAAUCUGAUUUCAGGGUCCAUAGUAGAUUUACAUCCUUUCAAUCCCUGAUGCAACUGUAUUGUGUUGUAUGUUUGAAAGAUAAAAUAUUUACAAUAUGUUGUAGUUGCUUAUUUGUCUGGCUUCCCUGCCUGUAAUAAUCUUUAAUUUGGUCUUAAUGCAAACCUCUUUACAUUGCACACAUACUUGGCUUUGCCUAAGUCACAGGUUGGUUUAGGCUCCAGCUUGAAGGAUUUUUGUAUCUGUUUCAGACACAAAGAAGUACUGAAAGUACAAAAGUACUGAAAUCAGAAGUUACACACCUUUGAAAAUCUGGGCUGUAUUAUUAAAUCUGGCCUCAUAAUUGUUCCCUAUCUGUGCUGUAACUUUAGUCCUUUGAUUAGUUCCUUGAACAUGCUCUUCAUUUUUUAUUGGGUUUUUUCGUAUAUUAUCUUUUACAGCAGCCCCCAGAGUAGUAAGAAAGGCAUCUGUAACACAGUCACAUCUCAGAUAACAAAAGCCAAGCAAUUUUGAUCAAUCUUCUAUUUGCCCACAGCAGAUCACAUCAUGACACAUUUUGGGCCACAGGCUGUAGAGAUAGUGUGCGUGAGGCUCCCAGGUGUCCAAGCCAUCAUCAGGGCUGGGGUGUCCUACCUACAGACCUGUGUGGGAGACCCAGAGAGCAGCUUAAUCCCAUUAACCAGCCCUGUGCCUCUUAGGCAACUUCCAUCCACAAGCCAAGCAUCCCAGCUGGCCAACUUUGGCUUUCCAACUUAGGAAAGCUUUCCAGCCUCUGCAUGUAAUUGACUCCAGCAGCACAGUCAGUGCUGCCAGCUACACAUGGUACCAAAAACUCUGUAGAAAGUGCUAAAUAAUUCUCUUUUGGGAAAAAAAAAAAAUACCAAGGAGGAUAGCUACAAUUUAAACAAGAAGGCAUAACCUUAUGUCAAAAACAUAUUUCAUUAUUUCUAAUGUUCCUCUUUUUCCAUUACUUCAACUCAGUAGCAAAGACAGCAAUUUCUUUUUUAGUACCUGUUCAAUAAAGUGUCUCAAACUUGCUUUAAAAACUCAGGAAGAUCUGUAAAGAUUUUUAGCUAACCAACUAAUACAGCUAGUAAAAAAACCAACAAGGCAAAGCUCUAGGUGCAUAGGUUUUCUGAGAUUUUUCAGAGGCAGCAAACAAAAAGCUGAGUGUGAAUCAUUUGUUCUGAGUUUAACAUAAUGGCUUUAAUCUGUGCAAAAGGACAGUGGGACUGGCAUCUCGGAAGCUGAGGGACAGAAGUGUCAGCAAAGCAAGAAACAAUAAGGUCAUUUGUUACUCCCAGAGGGAGAGAGAGACAUGAACAUGUCUUUUUUUAUUUCUACAUCCAUAAAGAUGUGAAACAGUACUAAUUACAGAUAUAUGUUCCACUUAAGUGGUGACAAGCAGCCAGGUGAGCCUGUGCUAUGUCUUGAACGCUCAGGAAAUGCUAUGAUUAACAAUGUCUCAUGUAAGAGCUGUGCCAAAUGUGGAGAAAUCAUACUGUCCAAAAGGCAUCUGCUCUUUUCCUUAAACUCAUUCAGGCCUGGUUAAGCUCACAAAUACAGAUUCAAAAUGUUUCAACUAUUCAUAUUUGUACUAGCAGUACUACAGAAACAGCUGUCUCCAGAUGUGAAUUCGAGGGAGAAAGUUUUUUUUUCAGAUGAAAACAGUAUAUGUAUCACUUAAUUUUGAGUCCCGUUGAAUGCCAAAAUCCUGUGUAAAUCUAUUAAUAUCCAACUACUUAUGGCAAAUGAAAACAUCAUGUACAGGAGCAUUACAAGGUGUUUGCAUUUCUGCAGACACACCUGUGAAAGCUACUGAGACUAAGGCAGUAUUUCCUGCUGUGCCCAUUUUGUGGACCACUUAAGAACUCAGUUAUCUCAUACUAUUCAUUCCUAUGUAGAAGGUAAUAUAAUGUCCCCUCGUGCUAACCUACCUUUUUUCUUUUUGCUACAUGCAUUUUAGUCACUGCAUCUGACAGAAGCUGAGCUCUAAUUCAGAGUAGUUCCUUUUUCCAGCAUGUACAUGCAUGCACACAUAUGCAUCUGCUCACACCUGCUCUGUCUAUUUUUAAAUGCAAACUCUUCAGUGCUCUGGAGUAAAAAGUUGUGAGAAUAAAGCGAGGACAACUUGAUCACC